CGCAGUCGGCUGUAUAGUAUAUAAGUGUUUAUUUCAUUAUUUGUGUUAUUCAUGGCUUUUAGUCAAGUUAAUAAUUUUCUACGUUAAGAAAAUUUUAUGUGCACUAUUGUUACAUUAAAGGAAUAGUUGAAAAUUGAAUAUCAGAUUUCGUGCUAAUUUUUAUUUUAAUUGCUGAUAAAUUGGUAUAAUUAGUGAAACAAGUUCGUGUAAGAUAUUCUAGCCUUGGUAUACAAACAUUACAGAAAUAUUUAGGCUGCAUGUAUUGUGCAGUAUCAUUCUUUGCGGUAUUUUGUGUAUAUUAAAUAUAAGUUCAUAAGGACAUAUUAUAAACAAAGGAUUUAACUACAAAAGUCAAGGGAUCAAUAGUGAACUUGGUAAAUCAUAGAUAGGAAAAUCUAUGUUUUAAGUGUUACCUAGAAACCGGAAGAAAUAUGCCAAGAUGACAGAAACACAAUGGAAUGGGACUGUGUUAUAUCUGUUAGGAAUAGUACAAGCAAUAUUUGUUGUUGUUAACGCAAACGUAUGGUGGAGUCUUGGCACAAAUCCACGAAUGCUAAUGGUUGGAGUACAACCAUUUUGUACAGAACUUAGAGAGUUAUCUCCCGGACAAAUCCGUGCUUGUCAAAAUCAUCAUGAUCAUAUGCCCAGUGUUGGUAGAGGGGCACGGUUAGGUAUAACAGAAUGCCAAACACAAUUUAAAAAUCGUCGAUGGAACUGUACAACCAUAGAAGACGAUAGAACCGUAUUUGGUCCUGUUAUACAAAUAGCGAGCCGCGAGGCAGCAUUUAUGCAUUCUAUAUUAGCAGCAGGAGUUGUUAGUGCUAUAGCACGGUCGUGUCGAGAUGGUGAACUAAGUUCGUGUCACUGUAGUAAAGCAUUACGCCCUAAAGAACUAGUAAGGGACUGGAUAUGGGGUGGGUGUGGUGAUAAUAUACAAUACGGGUAUAAAUUUGGAAGUUACUUUGUUGAUCUUAGAGAAAAAGAUAAAAAUCAUCCAAGACUUUCUCCUGAGUUGUCAAGAAUGUUGAUGAACCUUCAUAACAACGAAGCAGGAAGAAGGGCAGUUUAUAAUUAUGCCAAUGUUGCAUGCAAGUGUCAUGGUGUAUCCGGAUCGUGUAGUUUGAAAACUUGUUGGCAGGCAUUACCGCCAUUCAAAGAUGUUGGAAAAAGAUUAAAAGACCGGUAUGACGGUGCAGUGGAAGUAAAAUUUAAUAAAAGAGGAACACGAUUAAUACGAAGGAAGAGACGUUUUAAUAAACCAACACAAGAUGAUUUAUUAUAUGUAAAUACGUCACCUGAUUAUUGUGUGGCCAAUUCAACAACUGGUUCUUUAGGGACCGUAGGCAGGGAGUGUAACAGACUGUCCGAAGGAAUGGACGGGUGUAGACUUAUGUGUUGUGGUCGAGGGUACAAUACAUUCAAACGAAAACUAAUAGAACGAUGCCAGUGUAAAUUUCAUUGGUGUUGUUAUGUUAAAUGCCGGACUUGUGAAAGAAUAGUUGAUAUUAACUCAUGCAAAUGAUCGCAACAUAUGCAAAAACAAAAACAAAUGUCCGCCUCAAAUAGGCUAUGAGAUUAGAAUAAGAUAUGGUAAUCCGGGAUGCAAAUGAUGAGGUUCUAUAAAAGAUUUGAAAGGCAUUGAAACUGUUCGGAGUUGCCAUUUGCGUAAAUGUGUUCGACAUGUGUUAAUGUAUAGAACACAUACAAAUACAACAGGAGUAAAAAUGAAUGCAAAUCAUAACAGUCUAGUUUAACAUGUAUAUACACUUAUGUUCUACCUCUUUAUUUAAGAUCUUUACUACUACCAUGACAUGUUUUUUUGUAGUUCUGAUGCAUAUUCGCUCGUAUAAAUGGAUUCAGACUUUAUAAACUACCACACGUAUAUUGACCCCUUAGAUAAUCGAUAAUGACCAUUCAAAUGAAAAAAAAGGCCAGUUUUCUAUGGUAUAAUGAAAGAAGGAUUCCCGUCAACAUAUGAACAUUGUGGUACUUGUAUCUGAUUGUUGAAAGUCCCUUAGAUAAGAAAGUUUGUCCUGUCAGUAAAAAAUGUUCAACGUAUAAAUUAAAAUGUUGUAAAUAGUUCGUUUGUACAUAAAAGUAAAGUAUUGUUUUGUAUGCAGGUUCAUCCAGUCUCAUUAAAUAACAUCGUAUUUCCCUUGAUCUUAUAUCAGCCUUCCUUAGUUAGGACUCCAUGGAAUGGAAGACUAUUGUUACAUAUUUCUGAUCAAUCAGAACAAUCAAGUAUAUAAAAGACAUUUAAUAGUAAAAGAAGUUUGGAAUCUGGAUAAUAGAAAAAAAUACACGUAGAGCAUAACAUUUAAAGCAGAUACCCUUAACUUAUUAAUAUAAAAUGAGGAAUUUGUCAUGAUUACAAACAAUAGAUCGUCAUCGGUCCUGAGUAAUACAAAUACAGUAAAGUUUCCAAUUAGGCUGAAUGAAAAUCCAAUAACAUAUCAAUAAUAUAAAAAUGUUAACUGGACAUUUUGUUUUAAUGAAUCUCAAUGCUUUUAUGAUAGGAAGUUUUAUUCGUGAUGUUCAUCAAAUGUUUUAUUCUAAUUGUGUUUAUAUAGUUUCAAUCUUGUUUGUAGAUAAUCAUAUAGAAAUUAUUUAUUUACGCAAUGUUUUUUUUAUGAAACUUGUUUUUUUUUAUAUAUUGUAACUUGUUUUGUUAUAUUUGUUAUAUUUCUAUGUCAUGUAACUGAAAUAUGUGAACAGUGAUUGGUGAGUUUUUUCCAAUACCCACUUUGAACGCAUACACUAGUAUCCAAAGUCGUACUAUGUAUACAAGUUUAUUACGUGUAUACGGAUACUUGAAAUUUGUUCGCUAACGUACAACUUUGUUACGUUGUAGUACUAUAAUAUCUCGUAAACAUUCUGGACUUAAAUUCAACUUGCAUCUUAAAUUUAUACCUUAUUCUUUAAUAUAAUACAGCUUAUACAAUUUAAUUAAGCAUCAAGAUGCCUAUGUGAUGUGUUUUGUAGUAAAAUGAAAACAAUCAAAUAUUUUGAAACUAAUUGUCAGUGAUUUUUUACAAAAUUUGUUCAAACAGUUUAUCGUUUUAAUGUAUUUUUGUAGAUUUUCGAUUUACUGGAGUUUUACCACGAAGUUAUAGUAUGUUAGAUGAAUGAGAGCGAUAUUGAAGGCAUCUUUCAUCAAUUACAUUUGACGAAACUUGAUACCCAUUUAAAGAUUUAAAUUAAAAUCAUUUAACACUGAAAAUCAUGUACGUGUGACUGAUAUGGAUCUUUAUUUGCAUUGUAAAUAAACUCAUUUUUCAUUCCUCAACAUCGUGUGAGUUUUAAGCCAAGAUUGAUCUGAUUUACUAUUAAAGUUUCCACCAGGUUCUUACGAUUUUUGUAUAAUUUUAUGUAUAACCUCCCAUUUUUUUUUACUGUCUCAAAUACAAAAUUAAAACCAAUCUAGAAGAGAAAAAUGAUAUGAAAAGAAAUUAUAAAAAAGUUAAACAUAAUAUGAUAUGAUAAUAUCUUAGUCUAUGAAUAUAAUAACGAACUUUAAAAGUGUAAUUUUCUCACAAAUCCUUCAUUUUUUAUGACGAAAAGUUUAGAUUCAAACCAGUUUUAUCGGCACAAAGCUUCAUUUGCAAAUAAAGUUAGUAUCAGUAUAAAAUCUGCACUUUCAUCAAUCGAUAACAUCCUGCCAUACGAAGUAAUGAGUUUCUGUCGGCACUAUUUCUGCAACAUUAACCAAUAUUCAUACGCCUCAGGAGGAAGUCUCAAUCUCCACUAUAAAUGGACGAGACAAAAGCACAAAUUAUCCAAAAGGUUGUUAAUGUAAUUUAACUUGACUGUGAAGUGAUUAACUUUUAAGUUGAGGAUUCAAUCGGAAUUAAUGUGAUGAAAACAUAUCUAAUUUAGCAGUUAUGAUGUUAGCAUUGAUUUCUCUUACUGAUGUUGUCCCGACAGAAAAUUAAGUCUGUAUUAUAGAAAAUCAUUCACUAUUAAAAAUUAUCGCCGACUGCAAUAAAUUGUUAAUUUUGUA